GCGAUUACAUUCAUAUUAUUUUAGUUAUUAGAAUUUAUUUAUUUAAUUACUCAGUACUUAGUUCAUUGAGAUUUGGUUGAACUGCAGUGCAGUAUCAAAUGUAAUUUCCAUUCUCCGAUUUCUGAUCUUGUCUUGCCUUUGUUAAGUAUUAAAUGUUUUUAACACAUUCCAAAAAUCACCCGCUGAGUGUCGACUUAAAUUCCUGAACUUAAAAACUGUUUACACUUAAGCUUAUUUCAAUAUCGACCGUACGUCGGCUAGACUACCAUUGCUGAUCGAUGCAAUUCUUACACUUUUUAUUAAUUUUAAUCAAGUUAUCAACGUUAAACAAUGGAUGUCCUAAGUAACACAUUGACAAAGGCCGAAAGCGUCCUAUUCGUACAAAAGAUUGUGAACUAAAAGGGUUACGUUCAUACUAUGACUUCAAUAUGGAACAUGACCAAACAUCGAUACUUGCUGUGUUUAAUUAUAUGGCUGUGCGUCUGGUUUCCGAUAUUGUAUUUAAAAAUAUCCGACCGCCCUAAUUUGGAAAAAAGGACAGUGCACGUUCCAAAGGUAAUCCCUUCGCACAAGCCAAAACACGCGAAUCGGAUAAAUUAUAAAAAAAUGACAAAGAUUUGCAACGCUCCAGAGACGAUCGCGACUGGCGUCGAAGGGACCAUAGGCACGCCUAACAACAGUCUCACUUUGCAAGGGGUGUUGAUAUUGAUACGGCACGGCGAUCGAGGACCCUUGACACAUGUUCGUAACAUUGCGAGCGUCGACUGUGGCGUGACACUGCGUUCAGAGCAUUUGGAGUACACAAAAUUCCUACAAAAUCUGUACUUCAAUCAGUCUUUGCAAUUUCUCGGCCCUUUUCACGGUUAUCCGUUGUUCACGGCAAACAACUGUUCCAUAAGUCAACUCACUCCGGUGGGUGUCUCGCAGAUGAUCAAACUGGGACAGGUUUUACGUACGCCUUAUUCAACGUUGUUUAACAUCUCAAAUUCUGACGACAUAAUCGUGUACAGCACAAAAUACCGUCGUACGUUCCAAAGCGCUCUGGCUUUUUUGUACUCAAUUUUGCCCACAGCCGAUCUGCUAUCGAAAGUGACGUUUCGCGAGAGUGACAGCUACUCGUAUUGCUUCGAACACUGCGCGUGCCAAAACGCUCAACGGCUGAUGAAAAAAAUCGGCCUGACCGCAUCGAAACGUUUGAAGUCCCACAGGAUCGUCGUGAAAUUGCUCAAGCGCAUGCACAACAUAGUGUACACGUUGCCCAACAGCGUGCCGGUCGACCCGUACGUACUCAGGGACUCCGUUUUGACGUACGUUUGCCACGGCGCGCCACUGCCGUGCCAUCGUCGCGACUGUUUGAAGUUGGGAGACGUACAAGACCUUCUAGGCUUCAUCGAUUGGGAUCUCAAACAAUACUCGAAGCACAGUUCGCUUCGUAAAUUCGGACUGCUCAAAUCGUACGGCUUCGCUCUGAACAUAGCGAUGAAUUUGCUCAAAAUGGUGUCCGAAAGCAAACCGAAACUGGUGUUGUACUCCGGACACGACUUGACUAUUCAGCAUCUGUUGUUGACGUUGGGCAUUGCCAAUCACGACACGAUAUCGCCAAAUUACGCGUCCCGGCUGAUUUUCGAAGUGUACAAAAACAACACGGCGGACACAACGUAUCCGGGCAAGGACUAUUUUUUCAGAGCCAUUUUCAACGGCAAAGACGUCACGCGCUCCGUGUCGUUCUGCAACGAUGACAAAUCCCAGCAAAAGCGCUUGUGUCCGAUCGAAUCAGCCAUUCGGUUUAUACACGACGACUACUUUGGCGUUUUUAACGCUUCGAAUUACAAACAAGCUUGCAACAUGCAACUGCCUUAGAAAGGAGACGCGCUUAACAACGUAUUAGGUUUUACAAUUUUUAUUUAGAAAAAAAAAAAAAGACUACUUUAAAAAAUUGUUUUUUGAUAACUAUUUUUAAAAAAAAAAAUACUUAGUCAAAUUUAUAUUCCAAUUUUUUUGUUAUUUUUUUUAUUAUUGAUUAUAUAUUUUUCGUGUUAUUCUUUCGAUGUGAUCUUCUAAACCAAAACGAGAUUGAUUGUCUGUUAUUGGACAACAUUUUAUACAGUACUUACAAAUAUUAUUUUCUAGUCAUCUUUUUUUAAAUUGUAUUUAUUUAUACAUAGUGAUCUAUUUGUACUUUUUUUUUUAGUAAAAAAUAUACCUAACAAAUAUUGUUUCAUAUAGUUUGUUUUACAAAAUUUUGUAUUAAAUCUUUUAACGAUCGUAACAUAUCGUUUACCAAAGUGACGUUUAUCUACAACGAUUUAUAAGCAACAUUUUCGAAACGUCAAUUCUGCUGACGUAAAAAUUGGUUUUUUUUACAUUUAGAAUAAUUUUGUCGUAAAUUUUUAAUUGGCGUUUCAAUUUUUUUUUUAUUAUAAUGUAACAAAUUUGAGUAUAAACAAUUUAUUAAAAAAAGAAAAAUCGCGUUUAUCUAGUUUUAAUAUUACAAUAAUAAUUAAAUAAUAAAUAGUGUUAUCAGUUUAACAAUAUAGACUAUA